UUGCUGAAAACAUCGCUUCAAAUCGAAACAUGGCAAACGUUUCACUGAAUUCAUAUUUACAUUCGGUUGAUGAGGCUCUUCAGAAUUAUGACAGUGAUGAAGCUGCUCGUCUGUUAUCGUUCAGAGAUCCCCAUGUUGCAAGCCCAAACUUGCAGAACACUAGGGCAGAUAACCAGUGUCGACGUGUUUUAGAGUCACCCUAUGAUGAGAUGGUGGCCGCGCACCUUAGGUGCUGUGCAGCUGUAGCCAACCAUGACUUUUCAGAGGCCUACGGUUCACAAGCUGUGGUUGUUCAAUCUUUUCUUAAGGCCCUUCAAGCUCAGAAAGAGGAAAACUGGGCCUUGCCAAUGAUGUUUGCGGUGUCGUUAGACUUGCGUCUAUUUGCUGUCAGUGCGGACAUUCAGCUGGUAGAGAGAAACAAAGGGAAGGCUGGAGAAAUGUUAGAAAAAGCAGCAGAACAACUCAUGAGUUUAUUCAGAGUCUGUGCCUCAGAUAAUCGUGCUGCCAUUGAAGAUUCUAAAAAGUGGGGAAUGCUGAAUCUUGUCAACCAGCUCUUUAAAAUCUAUUUCAAGAUCAACAAAUUACAUUUGUGUAAGCCUCUUAUACGUGCCAUUGAAAGUCUGCCCAUCAAAGACAAGUUCAGUCUUUCUCAGCUGGUGACCUACAGAUUUUAUGUGGGAAGGAAAGCCAUGUUUGACAGUGAUUAUAAAAGUGCGGAGGAGUAUCUGACGUUUGCCUUCCAGAAGUGUCACCGCGAGAGCCCCAAGAACAAACGACUCAUCCUUAUCUACCUGAUUCCUGUCAAGAUGUUGCUGGGUCAUAUGCCGCGGCUGAGUCUGCUGAGGAAGUAUGACCUGCUCCAGUUCUCUGAAGUUACUCAGGCUGUCAGCUCUGGUAACUUGCUCCAGUUGAAUGCUGCCAUGCAGAAGCAUGAGGCAUUUUUCAUCCGCUGCGGGAUCUACUUGAUCUUGGAGAAGCUGAAGAUCAUCACCUACAGGAACCUGUUCAAGAAAGUGUACCUGAUCAAUGAAAAGAACCAUCUUAUAGACAUAAGCUCCUUCACAGUUGCCCUCAGGAUGAUGGAGGUGGAAGACAUUGAUGAUGAUGAGACACAAUGCAUCCUGGCCAACUUGAUAUUUGAGAACAAGAUCAAGGGCUACAUUUCCCAUCAGCACAGGAAACUGGUCGUCAGCAAGCAGAACCCAUUCCCACUGCUCUCCACGGUUUUAUAGUCCAUGCAGCAGUCAGUCUCUCUUGUUGCUGCAGACAUACUAUUAUUGUGUUCCUCUACUUUAAUAUUGUUAAUGUUGUUUUAGCUCAUGACUCUGUCAUUUUUUAAUGUCAUUGACAUCUUCGUCAUGCCUGUCUGUUGUGGUUACAGCCAUCUCUGCCUGAACAAUGAUGGUGGUCAUCAUCAUCAUUAUCAUCAUCAUCAUCAUCAUCAUCAGCAGCAGCAGCAGCAGUAUCCACACCCUGACUGUGAUGAUUAUGAUCAACAACUUUUUUAUGCAUUAUCAUCACCUUCAUCGUUAUCAUCAUUAAAUUGCUAUUGUCAUCCUCCUCCUCAUCAUCAUUAUCAUCAUCGUCAUCAAGCACCAUCAUCGUCAUCAUCAUUGCCAUUGUCCUAAUCCUCAUCCUCAUCGUCAUUGUCAUAAUUUGUUCCAUUACUACUACUCUUAUCAUUGUCAUUGUCAUAAUUGUGUAUAAUAAUUAUCAUUAUUGAUAGUAUGUCUUGAGCUGUUUCAUUGAUCUGUAAAAAAGAAAACCUCAUUUCAAAUCAAAA